AUGAAAAAAUAUUUAGUUUAUGAAAAUAUGCAUCAUUCGUAUAUCCUGAAUAGUAUAAAAAAUGGAGAAGAAUCGGAAAAGCUAGCUGCCCUGAACGACUUAUACGAACAGUUGAACCUGUCUGCAGAUGGAGGGUUGUCCGUUUCCCAAAUGGAAGAAUACAUCAACGUACUGAUCCACGUGAUUAAUAAACCCCAUUUGAAUUACAACAAUGCAUAUGGAAGAAACAGCAACAGUGGUAAUGCUGGGAGUGGCAAAAGUGGCAGUAAGAAGAAGGUCAAGGGGGGGGGGAGUGCUAAAAGAAUCGGCUCAGAGAAAAUUAAGGACAGGAUGGAUAGCGGGCUGAACAGCUUUUUUAAAAUAAUACAGGAACGUAUAGGGGUUUAUGCGUCCGAUUUUGAUGAAGAGGAAGACGACGAGGAGGAAGUGGAAGAUGAGGAGAAUGUGGAGGAUGAAGAAAAUGUGGAAGAGGAGGAAAAAGUGGAAGAUGAGGAGGAGGACGAUGAGGAGGAGGACGAUGAGGAGGAGGACGAUGAGGUGGUUGAUGAGGAGGACGGCGUGGGUGAUGAGGAGGACGACGAGGUGGAUGAUGAGGAGGACGAAAACGAGGAUGAUGAGGAUUAUGACGAGGAGGGCGACCAGAUGGACGACAAUGAGGUAGACGAGGUAGACGAAGUUGGCGAGGCUGGAGAGGCGGACGAAGCAGGCGUCGACGACGGAGGCGGCGUCGAAUUUGCUCUGAGCGAUGGUAAUGCAAGGGGGAAAAAGAAGAAGAAGCGGAAAGACGUUGCCAAAGGGGAAAAGCGCAAGGGAAGCAACAAAAGCAACAGCGAAGGCACAAACAAGCGCGCGAGUGGACGCGGCAAUAAACGGGCCAGCAAACGAGCCAGUCAGCGCACCAACUACCGAUUAAACCAACGCACUAACAAAGGAGCCAACCGGGAGAAGGCUAAAGGUGCGAAGAAAGCCCUGCAAGGUGCCAAGCCAAAAGGGGAAGAAACAAAAAAGAAAGCAAAUAACAGAGGAGUGAAAAAAGAAAUUAUAAUAAACUCGGAAGAUGAAAGCAUUGACUUUUUCUCCUACUCGAGCAAUUCGAGUGAUUCAUCCAGUCUAUCAUCAAGUGAAUCAAGUGUCACAGACGAAAAUGAAAAAAAUUUUCUGAACGAUGCAUGCGCAAUAGAUGUAAAAUAUAUUAACAUCAUUUACACAGCCACGUGCUGUAUAUAUGCAAUCCUGGAUAUAUACCCUCAAACCAUAAGGUAUGUAAUUAACAACAAAGACGGGGUGAACAUCCUAAACAAAAAACUGAACGACAUUGAAUACAUCGAUGUAGCGGAAGUUAUUUUAAAAAUAUUCGAAAAAUUGGUAGAGAAAGAUCCUAUGCUUAUUUUGAAAAAAAAAAGUAUAAAAUACAUGUUGAUGCAUAUAGACUUUUAUAACGUCAACAUUCAGAAAAAAAUUUUCUUCUGUAUCAUCCAGAUGAUUAACAAUAUAAACAAACACAAGCACAUAACGAAAUAUAUAACUCCCUAUUGUUCCAUUUUUACAAAUUUUUUUCACUUCCAUUAUAUUCAUAUACUAAAUAUUAUAUGCACUCUUUGGAGAUCUCUACUUGACAAAAUGAUUACCGUUCGAUUGGAGGAAGAAAACAUGCUGAGGAGGAAAGCCAGACGUUCCAUCACCGAUAGUAUUGGAGGUGCAAAAGGGGGGGGUUCGUCUGUAUGUAGAAAAGAUUCCAAGGAAGCUUCUUACCUGAGUAAGCUGAUGGAAAAGACUGAUAAGAGGAAGAAAAAAAAACACGAAAAGGAGGGUACCUCUGGUGUAAAGGGAAAAGGCAAACAGAAGGAGUCAACGGGUACCCCCUUUGUGAAGAGCGGAAGGGUGAGGAAACAAACGGGAGAUGAUCUCCGCGAAGGGGAAGUGAUCGAAAUAUCGGAUGAAGAACAAACGAGUGACUUUCACAAGAAAAGAAGCAACGACGCCGGGGAUGACACCAACUGUGAACACCGGGGAGGAGGGAAGUCUAACAAGGAGGUGAAAAAGAAGAGAGAAAGCUCAACUAAUAAGAAGAACAAGAAGAAAUCAAAAAAUUGCAUGAAAGAAAAAACGAAUGAAGGUGAGGAGGACGACAAAGCUGGAGAAGUGCCCCAGAUUGUCGAAGUUGGAGAGGGUAGCGAAGAUGAAGAGGUGGAGGAAGGGGGAGAAGACAAAAGGGGAAAAGCAAAGGGAGAGAUUGAAAAGAGGAGCAAGUUAAAGAAGGAAGAGAACCUCACCAGCUGCGCAUAUGACCUAAGGGGGAGCGACCAGAAGGACAGCAGCAAUAAGAGCCAGGACAGAAGUAGAAGAGGAGCCAAGAGGGAGCAGAUAAAGGACGAAGAUGUGUACAUUUUGGAUGACCAAUUAUCCGACAGCACCAACUGCAAAAAUAGCAAGUUGAAUGAGAACGUCAGUUUUUUGAGUUCCUUUUUGAGAGAUUCUGACCCUGGUAGCAGAUCAAAGGGUAGAAGUUCGAAGAAGCCUACGAAGGAAACUACCUCUCAUGGCGCGGAAGAAGGGGCGAAAGAUUCCCCCCAAAUGGAAGGCACGUUCCCGGGCAAGGACGAAACGAAGAAGUGCACCUAUGUGUACCACCAAAACAAGCUGCUUCAGCAUAUAAUCCAUCUGAACAGUAACGAAAGCACCCACUUCAAGCUCUGCGCGGAGAUCGAAAGCAUUUACAGCAUUAACAUUCGAAAUAAUAUCAUUAAGUUGCUGAUAGAGUGCCAAAUUGAGGAUAAUUUGUACGCCUUUAUGGAGACCUUUUACAUCAUUUCCAUCCUGGUGAACUACAGUGAUAACAUACUGGAAGAUUUCUGCAAUAGUGAAUUCUUGACCAAGUUCAGCGAGUUCUUUCAAAAUAAAAAGUAUCAGAGUAAUAACUUUUUAACCCUGUACCUUUUGUUUACGCUUUACUCUUUUUUGCCCAUGUGUACGUACAACGGGUUGGUGAUUUAUGACUACGACAUGGGGACGAAUCUAAGUGGCGAGGCGUUCUUCAAUCGAGGGAAACCCCAAGGUGGCGACGCGGAAGAGGGCAAGAACAGCGUCCCCGGGGGAACGAACAACGUUGUGGUGGAUUCGAGUGAUGAUGGAUUCUUCCCCCCCGACACCCCCCGCGGUGGAUACAUGCCGAAUACCUUUCCCGUGGACGUGAAGAAGCACAAGCUAGAUUUUUACAGGAAUCAUUUUAACCACCUGGUAACCCUAAUAAAGGUGAUAAUUCCGAAUGUGUACAGAAUACACGCGGAGACUGUCUAUUUCGACAUCAAAUAUUUGUGCGUAGUUAUCACUCUGUCUGUUUUCAUUUCGAUGUAUAAAAUAUCGUCGACCCUGGGUGACAGUGCGGAGUUUGUCAGCUGCCUUGAGUACUUCUUCCUGUACCACAAGGAAACGUGUGCCUUUAUCCGGAACCUCGUUUUGAACAACCUUUCCGAGUCCUCAGUCAUUAGUGGCAUUAUCAUGUGUAGAAUUGUGGAGCAUUUUACAGCACUCAUUGGGACCAAUUCGUCGUUCGUGUCUGUGAAGGGCGAGGAGGAAAGGGGAAAAAAUGCAUCUUGUGUUAAUACCAACUGCUAUACGCUUCGUGAAGGCACUGCUGAUACGUUUCCCUCGUUAUCAUAUGACCAAGGAUCCCACCUACACGUGCUAAACAACAUCAUUAGCAAAACUUUGCAAAAGAAAAUGGACGAAAUGUAUACUACCGAUGGGGGUAAGUACAUGUGUCCCAACAAAGAAAUCUACAAUAUUAUGUUUUGCUACUUUUACGAGUUGUACAAGAAAGGAAGAGGCAGCGGUGACGGUGUUGGAAAGGGCCGCUGUGAGAGGGGCAACUUCCUAUUUUUCAAUAGGGAAAGAGAAAUGAAGAAUAUUUCCCUCGAAUUUGAGGUGAUCUUUUUGAACUACCAAAAUGUGAAAUUAUCCAAGGAGAAGAAUAAGAUGGAGAAUGGCGGCCAACCCAUACGUUUAAGUCAUCUCAUUGUUGACGAGCGCACAUGCUACAAUGGCAUCGUUUUGAGUUACUGCUAUUUGGUUAAUUUGUUUGGUCACCUAUCAUCCAUGGGGGAAGACGCCUCCAUCUAUUUCUACCAGUACAAUGUGGCCAAGCGCUUGUAUUUUUUUUUAUUCCAAAAGUUGUUUUAUCAGGAUGGGCGAAGUAAAAUGGGGAAGAAAGGGAAUGACGACUUGUGCUUUAGGGUUGACUCCCUCCCAUGCGGUGACACCAAUCGAAGAAACGUUUUAAAUUUGCUAAAAAGCAUCGACAGAAAUGUUAGGCUGUACAUCUUUUUAUACGCCCUGUUGUUUAGUAGCCAUAACAAAAAGGGAGAAAUAGUGCAAGGGUUAUUUUUGAACAGCGUGAAAACGUUGUAUGGGAUAUUUUACGAACUGGGGGGAGACCAAGUGAUCGACGAGAUUGAUGAGGUGCAACUGGAUAAAAUCAAGACAGUAGUGACGGAUAUUUUCGACUCCUAUCACUACUACCUAAUUAUGAAUAACCUCUCCUUUACAAAGUGUUCGCUACUCAUUCGGUUGACAAGGGACUGCCUAAACGUAUAUGACAAUUUUCCCAUCUAUUUUUUCAAAGAGAGUAGGAAUGCUGCUAGCAGUAGCAGGAGCUAUGGUGCUGCGAACAAACAGGAGGCAGGAACCAUACCUUUAGAAAAACCUGAUUUUUUUUAUCACCGGGGAAAUAGUAACGUGGAUUCAUGGACCAACGAUUAUGAUGAUUUCCCUUCGCUAAAAAGCGACAACUUGAAUUCGCUCUUUAUCCCCAAGUACAGGAAGAACAAUAAUGAUGCUCUUAUUAAAGCUAUCAAGCAGAGAAGGAAGAAGGGGAAAGACGGGGACAACGUUGGGGCUAGUGGCAAAUGUAGCCUUACCGAAUUUACUGAUCAGAAGAAGAAAAAAAAUGCGAAUUCGUCACAUUGCAAGGAGGGCACAGAAGGUGAUGCUGCUGCCAAGGGGGAGCUGAUAAAUGAGGGGAGCGGAGAGGUGGAGAAGGUGAAGAAGGGCCAGGGAGAGGACGACGAGGGAGACCAAGAAGAGGUCGAUUUUGACGUGAGUUGCGAAAAGAUGCGCAUAAUAAAGAACAUCCGGAGAGAGUUCCAGAUGGGCGAAGCGGAUGAGGCGGGUGAGGCGGAUGACGUAGAUGAUGCGAAUGACACGAAUGUCGCGAAAGACGCACAGAACACAGAUAGGGCGCGCCGCUCCCGCGAAGCAAACCGGGGCAACCCCGUCAUACCCAUCAUCGACGUCUUAAAGGAGAUCUCCAAAGAAGUGGAAAUAAUAAGGGAAAAGGGUCCUGACGAAACGAAGCAACAAGGAGUGGGAAACGACGACCAUGUGGACAGCAACGCAGCAGGAGAAGGAGAAGGAGAAGGAAUGAUGGAUAAAGCCUCCUCCAUAUUUAGCGACAAGGCAAAUAAAGAAAAGAAAAAAAACAACAAAUUGAAUGAAAGCAAGAAGGGACAUAAUAGUCUAUUUGAUUAUUUCACAGGAAGCAAUUACAAACACUUUGACUACAUCCCGAAGGAUUCAUUUUAUGAAAAUUUAUUUUAUGAUAAUAAUGACAGCACAGCAUGUGAUAAAAAGAAGAACAAGAGCAUAUAUAAUAACUACAACUGUCACUUCCCUGUGCAUUUGAGGAGAAACGGUCUCUACGUGGACAACGUGUCGAUUUUUAGUUCCCUCAGUGAAGGCUUGCCCAUCUCGCUGUGCGUGGAGAAGAUGAAUCUCGGCUCUCCCGAAAUGAGCUCAGAAAGGGAAGCAAACGAGUCCACAUCGUUGAACGAGUUAACUUCGCAGGGAGGGCAACAUUUAUCAGAAUGCAGAGCUACCAAGGAUGAGGUUGCGAAUCCCAGGAGGGACAGUAUAACGGUGGAUGUCACAAACGAUCAGACGAAGCAACUCAGCUCGAACGUUGGAGGAGGAAGCUCAAAAUUGCAAAGAAGCCCCAGAGGUGUGGUCCCCAACAGAAAUGCCUACACCAAGGACAUCACCCACAGACUGCUAUUCUUCGGAAGGAACUACCAAGAUAAGCCAAAGAAUCUACAUGCGACCUUUAACAUAUUUGAUUCGCUUAAUAAGAUAGAAAACUACAUAAAGAAAAAUCUAAACAAGAGCAACAAAAAUGCCUAUGCAAAGUACUACUCGAAGGAGGAAGACUUGGUGAUCCUGUCAGUUAAUGGUAUCGAUGUACACAACGAUUCCUGCCUUUCCGAGUAUCUGAUUAAACUGAACGAUUUGUAUUAUAUGAACAGAAAUUCAGCUUGCCUUAAUGAAGAAAAUAUUUUUUACAACACGGAUAAUUUUUACGUGUACAACGAUAUUGUAGAGUUACUUCCUAUACAUUAUGGGCAGAUGAGAAAUCAAAUAAGGUACCUAUGGAAUGGGCAUGGAGAUGGAUGUUCCGCUUCGGAGAAUUACUCCCUUGGUGGUUGCCUCUACACGGGUGAUGGUUAUUCCCCUCACAUCGGCAAUAACACUCAUAGUAUAAAUUUCAAAGUGAUUAAAAAGAGAAAGCAAAAUGAACCUUCUUGCUUGAAUUUUUUGCCCGAUGAUUUUAGCGGUAAAGGCAAUAUACACAUUGUGUCCAAGAAAAAGAAAACGAACAACAGUGCAGCUGAGCUGAGUGAGGAAACGAGGAGGAAGUUAUGCGAAAGGAGAGUAAGCCAGGGUGAUAUUCACAGCUAUGUAGAUCCCAUUACCUUUAGGAAAAUAAAAUCCAGCAUUGAAACCCCGUUAAACUGUAGAAUUGUUAGCGAGAAAUUUAAUUUUUAUAACAUUUCCUUCGACUUGGUUAAGAAUUUGUACAACGCGGAUGAUCUGCCAUGUGGCGCGGGGAUUGCGGAGGUUGCAGAAAACGGGGGGUUGGGGGAGCCUCCACAAAAGAGCUUCUUCCACAUGUUGAAAGGGGACCCUACUGAGCACGCGAAGAGGAAGGAACAAUUGACGCACGAAGCGCAGGAGGACGGUUCGGAAUCGAGGAGGAAGUCGAGCAAGGAUGCAAGUGCUGGCGUAAGUGCAGGGGCGAUUAACGUGGACCUCACAGAUGAUCAAUUCUACGAGGACGAGUAUGAUGCGGACCGGAUGAUGUCCUACGAGAAGCACCUCUCGGAGGGGGAAGAGAAACCUUCCUUCUUGAUAGACUACCUGAAGGAGCACUACAGAAAGAAGGAGUUGAAUUUUUUCCUAUCACAGAGAAAUUGCGUGGAGAGCGAUUCGAUGUAUCUCUCGACUUUUUUAAAAACCGAAAUGAGGAAGGUGACCGAGCUGGUUUUCUUGGAAGACCACUACAUUAAUAAGGACGUGAUGUUGAGCACGCAUCUACACAACGUUAACUUUUUGGUGCAUCAGGGGGAGGAUGACAUGAAGGAGAGUAGUGCAUCGCGAAGGGAAAACCUCGUUGAUAAAAUUCAUAGGAACAGGGAGAGGGAGAGGUCCUUAUAUGUGAAGCACCGCAGGGGUGGAGCUACCAGCCAGGAGAGCAUAAUAAGGGGAAACGGAAAUGAGAGUAAUCACCAGAAUGACAUUAUCCUCAAUGAGGAGGAGCAGUACCUCCUAUUUAACUAUAUGCCUAUGUACAGCGAAAUUGUGAGAAGAGACGAAGUUUCUACGCGAUCGACGGCACGGGGUUGUGGAUCUCGAAGGGAAGACCGUAUUGCCCGCAGAAUGAGUAAUCGUUCAGGUCAACCAUCGAAGGGAAAAUCCAGACAAGCAAGAGACGAAGAUAAGGAUAUUUUUCUACAAAACAUAUACAAUUUUAUGUUUUUCAAGUUUCUUUACCUACUGUGCAGGCAUUUUAAUAUGUGUGACAUUCCAUCGUUACUGACUUUUUACUUGAAUAACAAAGCGGGGGAUAAUUCCAUGUGCAAAGUGCAGGAUGUCGAAUCGAGUGGCAACAGUAUGUUGAACGAGGAAACGAUAAAAGAGAUGAAUAGCCUGCUGGAGGAAACGUUUUUAGAAAGGGCAGCGGAAGGAGAAUAUGCACAGAAUAAAGGAAAUUCUCCAAAUGAAGAAAAAAAUCACGUGGUGGGUAUAGAAGAUAUAAAGAAAAAGUGCUUCAUCCUGAACAGCAUUAACAACAAAGUGAUGUACUGCUUGAAUAAUCCGCUAUUCCUCUUCAGUGAAAAAAUCCCGUCAUGGGUAUAUAAGAUUUUUUACCUCUUCAAUUUUGUGGUAGAUAUUGACAUAAGGCUGUUAUUUUUUGAGAUAGUGUACUUUGGAAAUUAUAGAGGCUUAUAUAAUUACAAGCAGAAGAUAAAAGAAGUAGUGGAAAAGUUCAACGAAAAAAUAAGUUUCGGUAAUAAGUCCCUAACAGAGGAACAUCUACUCUCCGUUUGUGCAAAUUAUACAUAUAACUGUGAUAAAAAAAAGCUGUUCAAUUUUUUAUCCGAUAAUACCACUUUAACGUUGCCAAGGACGAAGAUUAAAUUGCACAGAAAUAAGAUGGUCGAUUCGUCCUUUCGUAUAUUUAACCAUAUACAUUUUAUCAACGCAAAUUUUAUUACUCCAUCUUAUUUGGAUAUAGAAUUUUUUAAUGAGGAGGGCACAGGGUUGGGGCCUUCCUUGGAGUUCUACAAUGAAGUGAUCGAGGAGUUAAAGAAGGAAAAGUUGAAGCUGUUCAAAUUGGAGGACAAUUACUUGUUUCCACUUUCUUACAAAAUUGACUUAAAUAAUUUCGACUUUAAUUUACUGAAGAAGCCGAAGAGUUCGGAGCUGAUGGGAUUGAACAGCGGCUCGAGCAGUGCAAGUAACAUAAAUGGAGGUGCUCACAGUGGAGGAAAUAAUUACUACGCGUAUGCUAGCCACCUUGGCAGCGUCAGUAACAACGUGAACAGUAGCAAGGCGUACCAUUUGCAAAAUGCUAACCCUAGUCACUCAUCGUCGUCAUCGCUAAACAAACGGAUAAACAUGAUUAGUGAAGGGGCGAAUGGAAGCAGCUAUCAUUCGGUGAACAGUCUAAUUAACCACUUUCUCUACUCCAUGAAUUCGAAUGUAUUUACCGGUGAAGGUAACAGCUUUGGGAAGUACGAAGACCUGUCUGAAAUGGAAUUCCUGGGAAACAAGUUGAAGUACAAAAAGGGGAAGAAGUAUUCUGAGCAUAUUAAAAAGGGUGGUAAAAAAAAUGAGAUCAAGAAAAAGAAUAAUGCAGCUACCGGGGGGGAUGCAACCAAUGUUGGCAGUGCCAGUAGCACUAGCAGAAGGAACAAGAAAAAAAAUGAACAGGAAAAAGUCCCAAGUGAGAGAAGCAAAAAGGCGGAUGAUCAACUAUUCACCGACAGUGACGUAACCAAAGGGAGAAACAAACAGAAGAAGAAGUACAUCAUCAACGCGGAUAAUCAAGCGGAGGAGGAGGACGACGAUGAUGAGGAGGAGGAGGAGAAUGAGGAUGAGGGUGAUACCCUUGGGGAUAACAACACCUAUGGUGAGAGUCACCGAAGCGAUAAGGCCGACUCAAGUGUAAGGAAAACCACCCCCGCGACGAGCAGCGCAUGUUCGUAUAAGAAGAACACCACCUUUGACGUCAGAAUGGAGAGCAUAAUUAAAUUGGGGGAAGAGGAAUAUAUUAACUCUGAAAAGAAUAAAAAGAAAAGGAUUAGGUGUUACGUAGGCUCGAGUGAGAAGCAGGAGGAGGAGAGUAAGAAGAAGAGCCUGAUGAGUGAGAGGAAGGUGGUGGAUACGAAGGGGGGAUCACCACCGGUGGGAGGCUCAGAAAGCGUGCAAAUGAAGCAGACUCGGGAAGACGCUGCGGAGGAGGAGGGGGGAACUGCGGUUGACCACGUUGGGGAGGAAGUAAGCCAGGGCAUUGAAGGAAUUGCCCCCCGUGUGGAUACGCCAAGUAGCACAGCUAAGGCGGCUAAAGACCCACAGCAUGCUUCCGCCCAAUCGGAGGAAGAAAAAAAGUCCGAUUCGGCAGACGAGACGGAAAAUACACGAAAGAACAAUUUGAAGAAAAAGAAAACGGAUAAGAGGCCUGGAAGCAAGAACCACCAUACGUCUAAAUUUAGCGAAAUAAAAGAUUCGCCAAUCGGUAUGGCUCCAAACAAAUCGACGAGCAUGCCGGUGUCGGAUGUAGCGAGCAGCUCCAUAAACGUAAGCAACGUGUCAGUGAAGGAGGAAAAAGCUGAAAGACCCUGCUGCAAGUUAUUGGAUAAGGGUGUAGAAGGUAAGGAAGACGGGGAAAAGAAAACCAAACUUGAUAAACCGAAUAAGCAGGAGGAUACCAAAAUUGUAAAAAGUGAAGAUAGCAAAAAGAAAUAUCUCCUCUCGCAGGAAGUUCAACAAGAAGAAGUCCCUGACAACAACGAGAAAAAGGAGACCAGCGAAAUGGAGAACAAAAAUGUACAUGUCAAACGAUAUAAGCUAUUUACUAAAGACUUCGAGCAGCAUUUUAUGAAGGAAGAAAAUGAUAUGGAGGUAAGGAGACAGCAAGAGGCACGAAGAAAAAUGAACCUAAACGAUGAAGCAAACUCAUCCCGAUCAGUAACGCAAAAUAUUAUCAAUUCACUCUUAAGCGAAAUGGAAAACAAAUCGUCCUCACAAGGGAUUAAUUUAAAGGCACCCAAUGAAGCAAAUGAAAAGGUCAAAGGGGGGGAUGCUACUCAGAACAAGGUUAAUAACGAUGAGCCAAGCAAACCGAUCGCCAACAAUGUAAGCAAAAAAUUGACUGAAAAUUUUCAAAAGAAAUUGCAAGAGAAGAGCAGGAAGAAGGUGACCAAUAUUGAACAGGACACUCUUGAAAAUAGACUCUUUAAGUACUUCAAAUUGUUGGGUCAGUUGUGUGCAAAAAUUCUGACAGACAAUAGAAACGUAAAUGUCAAUUUGCACCCCCUGUUUUGGUACCUCGUUAUGAACAACUCCGGAUAUGUCAACAUCUCCAAGUUUCAGCACUAUCAAGCGGUAAUGCUGCGAGGCUCGCCAGGAGAGUGGCUUCCAUGUGCAAAAAGCGAUUCACAUUGA